CAAAACACUACAAAAUAAAUUAAUUUUCAACAGUUAAAAGUAAUUGAAACUUAAGAUCUCUGUAUGAAUAUAUCAAAUAUAUUCAAGCGAUUUAAUUUUAAAGAGGAAUUUGCCCGUUUUAGGAAACGAUCGUCUGCCAUCGGCUUAGCCAUGGUCAGAUACUUUCCAAAUACGUUGAAAGACUAUACGGAGGGAGCUGAAGUGUCUAUUGCCCAGAAUGAUGUUAGUGUACAAAUUGAUGAACAUAUCGGUACCAUUUUGAAGAGACUACCGCCUUCGCCUAAGCAUGUUGAAGGAGGCCUAUACGUGGGAAUCGCCGGCGUCGCCUACAUGUUCUACCACUUAUCCAAAAACGAAAAGCUAGCCGAAAAGAAAGCGUCAUAUCGCGAGAGGGCUCUUGAAUAUUUAAACGUGGCAUUAAAAAAUCCCACUAUGGAUAAAACCUCUUUUCUACUUGGCGAUGCUGGAACAUACGCUUUGGCCAGCGUGAUCAAACAUAGCGUAGAAGACAAGUCCUACAAUGAUAUGUUAACGAACUACAGACAAUUUUAUAACACAUUGUUGAACCCAAAUUUCUUGAAAUGUGGUGGAGAUGAAUUUUUUGUUGGCCGUUCGGGCUAUCUGGCUGGAGCUCUGUGGAUUGCCAGUGAGAUGAAGACACUAGUGCUGUCAUCGGAAGAAAUGCACAACAUUUGCAAGGUUAUUGUGGACUCUGGUAGGGAGUAUGCUAAGAAACACAGGAGUCCAUGUCCCUUGAUGUACCAUUACUAUGGUACGGAGUAUCUGGGUGCCGCUCACGGUAUCAGUUUUAUACUACAGAUGUUGCUGUCUGUGCCAGGAUUCCUGGAGAGUGAUGCAGCAGCAGCCAAAGACAUUAAAGGUACAAUAGAUUAUCUGCUUUCUAUACAGUCUAAGGAUGGUAACUGGCCGACUUGCAUGGAGGAACUAGAACAAAAAGAGCACAAACUAGUGCACUGGUGUCAUGGCGCUCCCGGGGUCGUCUACCUCAUGGCUAAGGCAUACCUUGUGUAUGAGAAUCAGCAGUAUUUAAAUGCUUGUAUUCGGGCUGGGGAAAAUGUGUGGGCCAAAGGUUUGCUGAUGAAAGGCCCUGGAAUAUGCCAUGGAGUUGCGGGCAACGGCUAUGUUUUCCUACUGCUCUAUAGACUGACCAAUGAUGUGAAAUUUUUGCAUAGAGCUAAAGCCUUUGCCGAAUUUAUGAAUUCCGAUCAGUUCCUGUCUGACGCCAGGGUCCCUGACAACCCGGAGACAUUGUAUGAAGGCACUGCUGGCACUGUUUGCUUUUUGGCUGACCUUCUGACGCCAGAAAAAGCUUCCUUUCCUUUCCAAGAUGUAUUUGCAGCAUAUAAUCUCUAAUCUAUAUUAAAUAUGUAAUCUUUGUGUCUUUCACACAUUCUUGACUGCUAGGAUUAGUAUUUAUUAAAAGAUUUUGGUCAA